UUACUUCUCAUUUUUGCAUGUGGUUUGUCAUUUCAGUUUCAGGCGAGAUAACUGUGUUUCCGAUGUCUAGCGAGAUGAAAAACAAUCAAAAACAGACAUUAAUGAAAGGAAGAGGAGUCACACAUUCCUGUGGCAUCACUUUCCCCUUUACCAUCAUCAUCAUCAUCAUAUUCUUCACUUUCAACUCAGCGAACGAAUGUAGGGUUGAUGUCCAACAGUCAAAGAGCCUGAUAAGAAAAACUGAGCAACAAUCCGUCUCCAUUCCCUGCUCCGUCAACACAUCCUGCCUGAAUCUCAACCCUCAAAUCUCCUGGUUUGUGUUCAAGAAAGAUUCACACUACCAAAUCAAUCUGAUCAUUCAGCCACAGAAGUUCACCCUGCAUCAGGGGGAUCUGACAAUUCAGUCUCUGUCAAAAGCAGACUGCGGGGUUUAUUAUUGUGCUGCGGCUCUGUCGGGGCACACGAAUGAAGGGGCGCAGGCCAUCGGAAAGGGAACCACUCUCAAAGUCUCAGAGCAAGGCUUUACCACUGGUCAAGUAUUGCUGGUUGCACUGCUAGUCCUGUUAUCGGUGUACAGUUUGCUCAUCCUGGGAAUCCUUAUUUGCAUAAAGACUGGACAGUUCAAAUCAGUCUUCAAAAGAAGAUUGGGCAAAAAUGAGAACAAGGAUUUUUCUAAGCAAGUGCUUUUCAGUGGAGUGGUGCAAGAACUGUACAAGAGGAACUUACCAAAACAUGGCAAAAUACAGACGCACUACAAAGAUCCCCAAGACAAGCCGAAAGGUCAUGAAAACGUACAGCCUAAUGAAGAUGUUUACCAAAAUCUUGAUGAGUAAAAGAAAACAAAUGCCCUAAUCAAUCCUUCCUGUCCUGCUCAUCUGAAAAACCUACAUCUUCCUGAAAACCUGAUGGAAGCUUCUGUUUUGGGAAAGUAAAUUUAACCUCAACGUAGAAACUUCUGCCUUAUUUAAAAAUCUGUCAAGUUCACGUUUGUAUUGCUAUUUUUACUGCUGAAAUAUUAUGUAAUACAUAAUAUGACUGUUGGCUUACCCAAAAUUGCAACAUGUCUGAUGAUGACCUUCCUGUCACAAGUGUUUAACAAUUCAUGUGUAUAUUGGACCCUUUUCACAAGACUGUGAAAUGAGCAUCAUAAAUCCUUGAGUGUAUAUACAUACAUACAUAUAUACA